AUGCACCUGCCAGCUCCCGAGUGUGGAGACGGUGUCCAUGCCCAAAAGCGGCCAGCGGCUCAGGGGCUAUCCCAGCUCAUCAACCCCGUCCCCGGAUUGCGCGUGAAUUGGACAUCGUUCGAUGAGGGAAUUCUAGACGGGCUGUUGGCGGCCGAGAAGUUUCGAAUGCCAUGGAAGUUUCGGGUUUGUCGAUACCUGCGCGUGAAGGAGGUAUUCAUCGGAGACAAGAUCGCGGGCGUCGCGCUGUUCCCAUUAUUCUCACGCAUGGCCUUUGUACACCGCACUCUCCUCUACGGCACCAACAACGUCCUCCCACCCAUCCACUCACCGAAACCAAAACCUACCAACUCUCUGUCGGCAGCCGCUUCGUUAUGCCUCUGGCUCUUCAAAGCCGCCAUCGUCGCUUUCUGCUACAGCCUCGCCUGGCCCUCUGGCAAGCGAAGCUACACGCUUCUCCUCCGCUUCGCCGGCGGCUUCCUCAUCGCCACCUUCAUCCCGAUGCCCAUCACCACCCUCGCCGAAUGCCCCGCCUACCCCCAACCCCGACAAGUCACGGCCGACCCCAACGGGCCACUGCCGCUAGAGCUACGUCUACCUGAUAACGACGACGGUAUGCAGCGUGGCGACCGAGACCGACCUCCUGCUGGUCGCCUUCCCCGUGUCGGUCGUGCUGCGCAAGAGCCGGAUGUUGGGGGCCCGCACGGUCUUGCUGGCGGCGGUGUUUAG